AUGCUCAAACUACAACGUUAUAACCUGGACACUCACUACGUCUCGGGAAAACACGUACCCAUAGCCGAUACACUGAGCCGGCAACUGCCAAGUCGCACCGAAAAACAGCAGUCUGUUUUUACCAUCAGUUUGGAACAACACAAGUUAGCACUUGAUUUAGCAGUAACACCAGCAUCCCUUCUAGAUCUGCAGAAUGAGACUGCUAACGACGAGGAACUUCAGGCUGUAAUUUCAGCUAUUCAGUCGGAAGCCACCAGACGUAGAGCCAGGGAUCUGUAUUUUUGGCCACGUAUGAAUCAACACGUGAACGAUCUCGUGAAGGGCUGCUCCAUCUGCGCCGCAGUCCAGCCAUCACAGCAGCGUGAACCAUUAUUAUCUCACGAGAGACCCAAAACUCCGUGGACUAAGGUGGGCAUGGAUAUCUUUGAAUUUAGAGGCAGACACUAUUUUAUUAUGACAGACUACUCCACUAACUGGUUUGAGGUUUCAGACGUGCAUCAGAUCACUACGCACGCUCUGAUUGACCAGUGCCGGUUUCAGUUUGGUCGGCACGGCGUCCCCUUGACAGUCGUGGCGGACAGUGGAACACAGUUUCGGUCGGCUGAGUUUGCGAGGUUUGCCAGGGAAUGGAAUUUUGAGAUCGUUUUAUCUAGUCCGCAUUAUCAUCAAUCUAAUGGGAAAGCGGAAAAUGCAGUCAAGACAGUAAAACGCAUCUUGCAGAAGUGCCAUUUAGGCAACCAAGAUCCUAUGCUAGCAAUCCUGGAAUGGCGAAACACACCCAGUGAACAAACAGGCGUGUCCCCAGCUCAACGCUUGUUCGCCCGUCGCUGCCGCACACCUCUACCAGUGAGUCAGGAGCUGUUGUUACCAAGAGCGGAUAUUGAAGGACGCGCAUAUGAUAAACAUCAACAGGCAAGGAAAAUACAGGCGGAAUACUAUAAUCGUACUACUAAACCCUUACCACCAUUACCUACAGGAAGCCAGGUAGCACUUCAAGUACCAGGCAGCACGUCGUGGGUACCGGGAACGGUCAUCCGAUCGUUGCCGUACCGCUCUUAUGAAGUGGAAUCGGGAGGCGGGUGUUACAGGAGAAACAGGAGGCAUCUACGUCCCACAUUAGUUCCACCAGCAACCCCGCCUGCUUCUCACCUGCAUAGUAAUCUUCAUCCCAGACGCCUCUCAUUCGACACGGACAGCAUAGGGGAGACGAUAGAACAGUAUCACGGCAGCGGGGAACAGAUGAUGUCACCGCAAACUGAGUCUGUGGCACAGGAUCUGCCUCCAGCUGCACCUCCACGCAGAUCAUCACGCAUAAGCAGGCCCCCAGAGCGAUACACUGCCUGCUAA